AAAUAAAAAGAAAAGUCGCCCCUGAAAUUCUGGCAAAUGCCGAGUUAGCUGCGAAGUUGCCUAUAAACGCUAUUGGCUGAAAGUUUGUUAUCACAGAUAAGGCAGCAUUCAGUGCCCCAUGAAGUCGGUAGCUGGUAUACUUAGAGGGAAAUGGCAAUAUCACCUGUUUCACAAGCUGAAAAGAUCUUGUAAUUUUAGAAGGAUUCUUGAUUAAACUAUUGCCGUCCUUGUCUAACAUUUUAUUGAUUUUAGAAAACUAAUAAUGCAGAAAAUUUUAUUGAUGCUUUGUGAUGGUAUAUCCAUUUUUGUUUUAACUCCAUCUUCAGCGGCUUGCAUUUUAUCAUAAGCUUUAGUUCCAGAAGGUCGGUAGUGCCGAGCAGCACGUGGUUUCGUCUCUCUAAAAGCUUACAAGAUCUUUACACAGGGGUUCGAUGCCGGGGGGCGCGGGCCUGCGCGCGUCGGCAGCGGCUGUGCAGGGGUCGCUGUCAGUCGAGUUGAGAACACGCGCCAGCCUGUCGCAUGGUCCUCCUCUACGUCUGAACGAUACAUUCAAACUUUUAGUCUGUUCUCUAAUCAUAUCCUUCUCAGAAAAAAGCUGAUUUUAAAAUACCGAUACAACUUAUUGAAUUGCUUUCAGACUCUUUUAACGCUUUUGUAGAACUUUUCUCACAGUGGUUGAACUUUCGCCAAAGAACUUUCGUGGCGGGAAAACAAUUUCAUAUCUCUUUUGACGUGCCGUGUCAUAUGUGUACGUAGAGUGGAGGGGGCGUUUGUCUCGGCCGGAGACAUGGUGUAUACGUCGUGAAUCGAUAUUUUUGGGACAUUCUUUGGCAGAUACCAUGAAUUUCGAGGCAAAAUAAAGGAGAGAAGAUGAAAAAUGCACGAAGAGGUGAUCAAUGACAGCAUGUCCCCGCCGCGAGCGAUGACCCAGCGCGGCGCGCGCGUCGGGCCGGGCGCGGCGGCGGCGGCUGGGCCCGGUCACGGCGCGACGCACCAUCCACCUACAAAACUACAUUUUAUACAAAAUUACACGCUUAUUAGGUUAUACCUACUCUCUUUACGGGUGAUAUCAUACUUAUAUCAAAACGCCUCCCUCUCGCGAGCGCGGACGAACAUUAAUUUUUCAAAGCGUCCGCUAGUCAAAUUAAAAGAUUUUGUACAUUCCUUAAGAACUAGGACAAUUAUUUCCGAUGUUAAGUCGUUAUUAGUCGAGGUAAUAGUGCAAUUAUUCGUUGUUGCCAAGUGUGUGUGCGUGGCGCGGAGUCGAUGGAGGUACGGUGGGCGGAGUAAAGGCGGGCAAGCGCGAGCGCUGGUGCUGUGGCUGAGCGUGUUAAGUGCGUGCGAGGGGAGGAGAGACAACGACCUGCACAUCGGGGGCAUCUUCCCGAUGGAGGGCGAGGGCGGCUGGCAGGGCGGGCAGGCCUGCAUGCCUGCCGCCGAGCUCGCGCUGGCCGACGUCAACGCGCGCUCUGACCUACUCUCCGGUUUCAAGCUGCUGCUGCACAGCAACGAUAGCAAGUGCGAGCCGGGGCUGGGUGCAAGUGUGAUGUACAACUUGCUCUACAACCCGCCACAAAAGCUGCUGCUGCUGGCAGGCUGCUCCACCGUGUGCACCACCGUCGCUGAAGCCGCCAAGAUGUGGAACCUCAUGGUUCUAUGUUACGGCGCAUCAUCGCCUGCGCUCUCCGACCGGGCGCGCUUUCCCACUCUGUUCCGCACGCACCCCUCAGCCACCGUCCACAAUCCUACGAGGAUCAAGCUCAUGCAGAAAUUCGGCUGGUCUCGCAUCGCUAUACUGCAGCAAGCCGAGGAAGUGUUUAUUUCGACGGUGGAAGACCUCGAGGCGCACUGCAAGAAGGCCAGCAUCGAGAUCGUGACGCGGCAGUCGUUCCUGUCGGACCCGGCCGACGCCGUUCGCAAUCUGCGGCGGCAGGACGCGCGCGUCAUCGUCGGCCUCUUCUACGUGGUGGCGGCACGCCGCGUGCUCUGCGAGGUCUACAAACUCAAGCUUUACGGGAAAUCUUACGUGUGGUUCUUCAUCGGUUGGUACGAAGACAACUGGUUCGAAACUAACUUAGAGAAAGAAGGUAUCGACUGCACCGUGGAACAAAUGCGAGAAGCUGCCGAGGGCCACCUCACCACUGAGGCCCUCAUGUGGAACCAGAACGCCAAUCAGACCACUAUCUCUGGGAUGACUUCUGAGGAUUUUCGAUCUCGACUGAAUGAGGCUCUGCGUGAGGCCGGAUAUGACAUCGACGGAGAGAGGUACCCGGAGGGGUACCAAGAGGCGCCAUUGGCUUAUGACGCGGUUUGGGCGGUCGCAUUAGCUUUCAACAAGACGAUGGAAAAACUGGAAAAAAGCGGGCUGAGUUUAAAAAAUUUUACGUAUACCAAUAAAAAGAUUGCGGACGAUAUAUACGAGGCCAUAAACUCAACGUCAUUCCUUGGUGUGUCGGGCCUGGUGGCAUUUUCAUCCCAAGGUGACCGCAUAGCUUUAACGCAAAUCGAGCAGCUGUCGGAGCAACAUUACGUGAAGCUCGGCUACUACGACACGCAAGCCGACAACCUGACGUGGUUGGACCGCGAGCGGUGGGUCGGUGGCAAGGUACCGCCGGACAGGACGGUGAUAGUGAACGAGCUGCGGACGGUCUCGCUGCCGCUGUUCGCUUGCAUGGCGUCGCUGUGCGUGGCCGGGAUCAUAGCGGCCAUUGCGCUCAUCAUAUUCAACUGCGUGCACCGGCAUAGAAGGGUGAUCCAGUGGUCGCAUCCAGCGUGCAACACGGUGAUGCUCUGCGGCUGCUGCAUCUGCCUGGGCGCGGCCGUGGCGCUCGGCGUCGACGGCCGCUGGGUGCAGCCGCAGCACUUCCCCGGCCUGUGCGCGGCCCGAGCGUGGCUCCUCGCCACCGGCUUCUCGAUGGCGUACGGCGCCAUGUUCACAAAAGUCUGGCGUGUGCACAGGCACACUACUAAACCUAAGGCUGAUACCAAGAAACGUAUGCACGGCUGGAAACUAUACACCAUGGUGGGCGGUCUGUUGGUGGUGGAUGCGACGCUGCUCACCACGUGGCAGCUGCGGGACCCGCUGCAGCGCGAGGUGGAGACCUUCUCGCUGGAGUCCCCGCGGCACCACGACGACGACGUCCACAUCAGGCCGGAGCUCGAGCACUGCGAGAGUAAAAACAAUACCGUCUGGCUAGGGCUGAUGUACGGCUACAAAGGGCUGGUGCUGGUGUUUGGUCUAUUCCUGGCGUACGAGACGCGGUCGGUGAAGGUGCGGCAGAUCAACGACUCGCGCUACGUGGGAAUGAGCAUCUACAACGUGGUGGUGCUGUGCCUCAUCACCGCACCCGUCACGCUGGUCAUCGCCUCGCAGCAGGACGCCUCCUUCGCCUUCGUCUCGUUGGCGAUCGUUUUCUGCUGCUUCCUCAGUAUGGCACUGAUAUUUGUUCCUAAGGUGAUCGAGGUAAUCCGGCACCCCACGGAGCGCGCGGAGAGCGGCCGGGGCUCCGGCUCCGGCUCCGCGCCCGCCGACGAGGAGCGCUACCGCGAGCUCGUCAAAGAGAACGAGGAACUGCAGAAGCUCAUUGCGCAGAAAGAGGACCGCAUACGAGUGUUGAAACAGAAGCUGUCGGAGCGUGAGGCGGCGGCGGCGGACGGCGUGACGCAAGAUGUACAGGACGAACACAUCUGAUCGCCAGCAAGGCAUUCUUCAAAGACAGAAAAAUAAUUAUAAUAUACAAUACACCUAAGAUAGUAAUCUAUUAAGUACAUAACACUGAUUGUCAGUCGUUUUUUUUACAAUGAAUAAAAAGUUAAAGUGUUCUUACAUAAUUAGACACCUAUAAUUAUUUGUUUUUAAGAGAUUCCGAAGCGUGAACAAUUAGAUGAAAAAGUUAGUAAUACGGGGUAAUUGUAAAAUCGAGAGAGGGCGAAGACUCAUCCACUGCCGCGUGCCACGCCGCAGCGCCGCAGCGCCGCGCCGAGCACCGCUGCGUCCGGAAGCCGCUUGACACCACAUUAUCAAUGCACACACUCGGAACUAAUAUUUGAAAUAAUAGAUAUCAAUGAAGUUGUUGAAAGUUUAUUGUAUAUUGAUCGUUGCUCAGUAUAGUUAAUUAAAACAAAAAUAAAAAUACAAAACCGAAAACUGUUAAUUUUGAAAUGUGAUGGGAUCGAUGGAUCGUGGAUGGAUCCGAUGCAAUUACUAGGUAAAUAAAGAGAUUGAUAAAAAAUGGUUGGUACGUUUAUAAACCUACUCGUAUCCCUGUUACUGUCUGUACUUUGUCUAGUACCUGACGAACAAUGUAGUUGAGAGGUAGCCGACCGCCUUCCCACUUAAGACUUUGUUUAUAGGUUAAGUAAGUUGUACCUCGUAUAGACCAUAUCUAUUAUCUUCAUCUCUUAUCUUAUUUGUUCUGAUGUAUCAAUUUACACUGUAUUCGACUAAAACGGUGUUGUUCUUGUUUAUUUGAACAUAUCAUAGUUAUUGGAGAAGGAGUCGCAAUUUCCAUUUCAUAAAAUUAAACUCGAACUAAUUGUUUUAUGUAUAUUAUUAUGCACUUGGUAAACCUUUCUUUGGCUCUACUGUAUGACAAAGGCUUUAUAUACUUAAUUCGGUUCAGUCACGAAUUCAGUUAUUUUAGGUGAAUUUGUGUACCUAAAUAUACCUAAUUAUAGUUUACGUGUCCAUGAAAGUACUCAGGACUCAGGUAGAUAUUAAUACAAUAAUUAUCGCAGCACUGCCACUUAAUUAAGUAUAAUUUAGGUUACGUAUGAUAAAAUAGAUUAGUAUUUUACACACUAUCAUUUCCUUUCACCUUCAGCAAAACAGUCUUAAAUUCGAAGAGGGUGAAUGAGUAGGUACCUAUUCCUGCAUAUUUCAUUGACAGCGAGAUAUUCGGGAGCACACAAAAUAACUGAAGUUGAUUAAAAAAGCUCAUCAGUAAUGUCCAGGGGUCGGACAAAAAGUGCGGAUGACGUCAAACCACUUAUAGGAUGAUUUCAAAUAGUAUUUUUGAUUUUCAUAAACAAUUAUCACUUAUCAUUUAUCAACCUCUUUAUUAAACGAUAUCGCCACUUGAAAUGAGUAAGUACGUUUUUGACUGACACAUUGUCAAUCAGAUGAACAAUAAAUUGACUUCGUUAUUGUUUAGCUAUUGUAUCUUCACGAUUAUAUUUAGCUAAAAUUUAUAUUUACUAAUGUAUAAGAAAACGCUCUAAAAUGUCAUCUUUACUCGAAUAUUGUGGCAAUUUUCCGUUUUUGGAGGUACGUGACACGGAAGUUUAAAUACAAACUCAAACAUCAUCCUGUGUGCAAGAUUACGUCAUUUUUACGUCAUCCGCACUUUUUGUCCGACCCCUGUAUGUCCAACACAUUACGAGUAUGACACAUUGAUAUAACCCGAUAUGAUUGAGAUAUUAUUAUUGUUGUAAGAAAUUUUAAAUAGGUAGUCAAGGGUUGUUUUCGUUUUAUUCACAUCGUCGGCCACAAACCAAACCCUUUCGCAGUGAAAGCCUUUUUAAGCAUGUAUUUUUUACUAAUACUCGCAGUUUUAUUUGAAACCCAUAACUGGGAUAUAGAGCAAGCCCGAAAAAACUAAUUAUCCCACGAAUAACUUUUCGUAUUUGUAAGCUUCUGCGAUUCGAUCAAAAUCCUUUUCGAGAACUGAUUCAAAUAGUUACAACAUUAUUUUUUUUCUGUAUUAAUUCACUAUAAAACAUUAUUUUGAAUAGGACAUUAAAAAACCUUAUUAAACAUAAUCCAUACAUUUUGUUAGCAAUCGUAAAUUACAAAAUCGAAUUGAUUACAUAGCUGAUUCAGUCUCCGGUGACUUGGUGGGUCCAAGAUAAUUAAUUAUUUACAGUAAUAUCAACCAUAAAUUGUAAAUCGUAACAUAAAAUAUAUAUAGGUACUUAAGUAAUAAAAUGUCAAUGUGACCCAUUUCAAUCAAAUGUUCCUUGUUACGGAUUUUAAAGCUGCAUGAUUUAGUGUGGUGUGCACAGUGAACAUGCCCAGAGAUUGGCCUUUUACUGAAGUGGUUUGUUUUGAAGGCCCAUGUCGGUUCAAUUAUGACUACUAAAUGAGAAUUAAAUUAGUAGGCAUUAUAUUGGACAAGUCCCUUAUGGAUCAUUAUUGACAACUAUCACCGCGAUGUAAAACAAUCAGCGUUGUGUAAGUAGUGUGUGGCCAUUGUAGGAGCUAGCUCCCUUUGAAACAGUCUAUUUCAAUGCUAAGAUACGCUGCCGGCCUCGUAAUUACCAUAAAUAUAAUCUUUGAUUUCAUGAGUGAGAAUACUUUUGGUAUAAAUAAAUAUUUAAUAAUGGCAGCUCGACUGAAUUUAACCAUUUUCCUGUUAUUAAGUUAGUUGAGAGAACAUUAGUCCGUACAUAACGUAUUUACAUACCCGUGCAAUCUUUUCAAAAGGCUCGAAAGAUUGGCCUAACGGACAUGCAUAGCAAAUUUUGUUCAAUAAAUUAUAUUGAAACGACAAGCACCUCAGUUAUUAUUAAUACAGGACUCUGUAAAUACCUACUGUAAAAGGGUCGGCCGCCAAAAAAAUGACAGCUUCUCUAGGGAUUUGUCGAUAAACGAUUGUCAUCUCUAUAAAUUAAAAAAAAAUGCCAAUACAAGUAAAACCAGUACAAACACACUGCCAAAAUGGAGAUAAAUUCAUUGUUCAUUAUGAUCUCCAUCCUAUUUAGACUCCCUAAAUUAAAUUUAUCUAUCGAUCUAAACGAUGAAAUAGUUUACAUUAGUAAUAGCAUUUCAAUAGUCCUAAAACAGAGAUGGCCCUUGUUUAGACUGUUCUGCUCUAGAGUGGAUAAGGUAAGUGUUGGCACUUACCUGCCGUCUGAGCAUUCGUCCAUGCCGACACCACUCACCGCAUGCAACAGGUGGGCUACCUACCUAAAUGCCAACUUAGACUGUAAUCAAUUAUAAUCAUAGACUAGACUUCUAACAAACUAUUUAUGUCGCUGAUAUUUCUUGUUAAUUUUGUGUUCCUAUUGUCGAAAUAGCAUAAAACCCUGAUAGUUUGUUAGAGGAUUGCUGUCUCCUUAAAUAAUGUAUGUACUUAUAUUAAUAAUAUGGCUGUGAGCAAAUUGUAGACGUUUAAUAAACCCGUAGUCCUCUAACAAAUUCAUUCUGUGGAGAAGGAAGACCAGUGAUGAACAAUCACUUUGUUCUCGUUCAUAAAUAAGUCCACAUUAUCCCUUACUCUUACUGCCGAUCUAUUUAUUAGUAGUUACUCCUGGCAAUUGCUCGAAAAAAACUCACGGUGGCCGGACGAGGGGGUGAUAUAUUUUCAGCAAAUUUUAAAUUUGUUAUAGCAUUUUACCUGUCCCAUUUAAAACCAUUACACGAAGAAAUGUAUUACCACUUAGAAAAGCUGUUUUAAUGUAUGUUACCUACAUAUUUAUGAAAAUGUAAAAGAAGGUAAACAUUCAUUCACAGUUCUUAUAUUAAUCUUUUUUCGAAUUUGGAUUCAUUUUGUCCUUAAGUAGAAAACGAAAAGUGCCCAAUUUUUAUAUCAGCGUCAAUGUCGCAGUGCCGCCUCCUAAAACACGGCGCGGAUAUAAGUACAUAGCAGACACUACUUAUUUCAAUAGGUAUUGUCCGCUGAAAAUGCGCGGUGCUGGCGCCGACGUGACGUUGCUCGUGACGCUGGCCGCGCGCAUUCCGCGGAAGGUACCUACAAUGUAUGCGACCUGAAUGUGGUUUAAGAUAUAUUUUUAUCGUUUAAAAAAUGCACUCUAUGUACCGAGCUCAGGCAAUCCCUUAUUUUCCGUCCCUCGGCAAUAAUGUACUAUUUCGCAAAAAUUUUUUGUUGCCGUGAAAGACGUACGACUAUUUUUGGCGUAGUUGGAAUGCAGUGAACGCAUAGAGCCCACAGAGAAUUAAACAUUUCCACGGGCUUUUAAGAGAUUCCCUUCUUACUAACAACUAGGACCUACUUUCUUUCUUAGCUUUCUUCUAGGAGGAAAGCUUGUUGCAUUGUCGCUCCCUGUCCGGUGUACUUUUUUUCUCUUUGCAUCUGGCUAUUCUACUAUUGCUCAAUUAUUAUCUGGUUUCACGCCACUCUAAGAGAGUCAUUAUUAAGCAGUUUCGUCGAUAAUAGUAACCUCAUAUUCUAUAAUUUAAAAUCAUUUAAUAAAUAAUACAAACUUAAAGGCAAUCGGCCGGCCGUACUCCUAGCGAGGACCGAUUGACCCUCACCAAAAAGCAUUACGUAAAAAAAAUAAUCCUAACCACGGCUCUAAGAUGGUUGCGCAUUUAUCAACUCUUUCUAACAAGUAGGUAUGUAACAUAUGUAUGACAUGAUAGCCGUUAACAGUGCAAACCUAUGCAGAAUCGCAAACCGAGUUUUAUCUAAUUUUGAAUGUCACUUAAUUGCGUUAAUUUGUUACUCCGUCUGACUAUCUCUUUACUCCGUCUGACUAUCAAGCGGUAAAUAUAUUAAGACCCGUUUAGCUAAAAUAAAAUGGGAACUUAAUCGGGUUAAACGAAAUACAUUUAAAACUGUGUUGGUUUUUGUAACUAUUACUCUGAAAUUUAUUGUUUGAUUUUUAAUUAAAUUUUCUUUGUGAUUUUAUAGUAAGUCAUGACCCCAGGUACUAGUAUCUCACAUUGGCUAGUCAUGUCGGCGCACAAAGCGAAGGCAAUAUUUUCAAUGGCUAUUCUUCCCCUUACUAGAGCUAAAGUGCUCACUGAAAAUUGGGAGGGGACCCCAGCGAGCUCCCGCCACCCGGCUUGAUAAUUGCGAGUGUAAAAAUAUCUUCCGUGGCGCCCAAACGCCCGUCCCAAAACCUUGUAAUCAUUUUGGUUCUCUAUCAUGCAAAUUUCAAUUUUGUUAAUUUAAUCGCUUCCUGAAUUGUUCAGAUAUUCUAAUGCGCACCCCAGGGGUUUAAAUUUAAAUUGUGAAAUUGUAGAAUCUCGAUUUCCAUCAAUAGGUAGCCUUAAUUUUGGUACAAGAAGUGACAAACUGUUUUUUUAAAUUACAAUUGACUUACUCUUACCUACUUAAGUGUAUUAAGUAACUGUCGAUCAAAUAUUCUAAACAACACCUACUAUCCAAUAAAGCACAGUGUGAACUCGUGUUUCCUUGCAGUCUGCAUGUUUUUAGUUUUGUUGGAUGUGCCACGCGAGACAGCGCUGCUUGCCGUGGCUUGCAGUGUACUUUAUGGAUAGUGGUUAGAGCACCUCGUAAUUAAGCGUAGUUAACUCAAUUUUAAAUGUCACUCUAGCAUUUAACAAAGAUUUGACUGCAUAGAAUUUAAUGAAUUACGUUAAGUUAUCGUCACUUUACAAUAUUGUUGUCUCUAAUGUUGUACAUAAUUGUUUUACUAUAAAGUUUAAAUAUACGUAUAGUGAUUCGUUAUUAUUCUAAAUUUUAUUAACACUUGGAGUACUUUCGAUCUAUUUGUGAUCCCAUCGCUGAAGAUGACUUGUUGGUGUUACGUUUCAUCUCCACGGAUGGGAUAGACUCAUUUCUAUAGAGUACUUACUAGAAAGUUAGAAAAUUGUCUUAUUAGGCUUUGUAAUUGGUCAGCUUUACUUUCCUGUGAUCUGUACCUCUGAUUGGAUUGGACGUCUCACCGAAUACCUAGUCAUCACUGUGUAAAUAAAGAAUCAUCGAAUGAUCUGAAUGUAA